UUUUGUUGGUUUCGUUUCCCUCCUUUGUUUGGAGCGGUGGCCCAUCAACACUCGGCUGAAGGCUCUCCGGCGGCCUGGACGUCUCUGUCCACUUCCCGCUCAGCUUCUCCGUUUUCGCCAGUCCCCCAUUCUUCCGAGGCCGUGUGUCCUCAUGUCUGUAGGAGCGGAGUGCGGUUUCUCCAGUGAGGAGGUGCUGAGCGUGCGCUUCCCCGUCCACAGGGCUUGCAGGGACGGGGACGUGGGCGCGCUCUGCUCGCUGCUCCAGCACAUCAACCCGGCGGAGCUGAGCGUGGAGGACUCCUUCUACGGAUGGACACCGCUACACUGGGCUGCACACUUCGGAACGCUGGAGUGCAUCAUGCAGCUGGUACAGGUGGGUUGUGGAGUGAACUCUGUGACCUCUCGGUUUGCCCAGACGCCUGCUCACAUCGCUGCCUUUGGUGGCCACCCACAGUGUCUGCUCUGGCUGGUGCAGGCUGGGGCUGACAUCAACAGACAGGAUUAUGUGGGAGAAACCCCCAUCCACAAGGCAGCCCGUGCUGGUAGCAUUGAGUGCAUUAACACUCUCCUGAUCCAGGGGGCGAAAGCUGACUUGAGAAACGCUAGUGGACUGACUGCAGCUGACCUAGCCCAUGCCCAGGGCUUCCAAGAGUGCGCCCAACUGUUGUCCAACGCGCAGAACCAGCAGCUCAGCCAACUUAACGGCUUCUCCACCAGUAACUCACCGGGGUUGCUCAACGGGGGCCACCAAUUAAGCCAGGGGCGGAGCUUCCUUAACGGGGCACCCAAUAGAAAGAGGUCCCUUGAAUGCAUUGAGCCCAGUCACUUUAAAAAGGCCAGAACCAGCGAUCUGGAUGUUCAAAUGAAAAUGAUGAAUGGGAUGAACGGGUCUGGUGGAGAGGACCUGAUGGAGACCAUGCACAUGGAGUUUGGUCCUGCACCAAGCAACACAGGAAGCACUUUUAACAUGCCUCACCUGUCUGGAAAAAUCCAAGAGAGUGAGAAUGGGAACACGGCCUUCGUGCCAGAAGCUGGGAUGGGCUUCCCUUUGCACUGUGGCAACCUUGGCAAUGGUUUUCACUUCAACCACCAAAAUGGCUUUGGAGACACAGCUGAGAGCGUUGAGGAUGUCAGCAGUCAGAUAGAGCACCGGAAGUCGAUUAGUGUUGAGGAGCAGUAUGACUACACUUUCUUCAGCACCCUGCAUCUCUUUCAUGGGUCUUAAAAAGCCAGAGCGAUCAGUUUGAUAUCUCAUGCCUUUAAUUGAGAGGUUAUUAAGGAGUUCCCUAUACAGUGUAUGUAAAUAUUCCCCAUUAAUCACAGUUAAAAAAAGUUUAAUAUGAACCAGAAGGGGUGGAAAUUCCCUGUUACCCCCUAACUGUAGGACUGUUAGGGUCUGGUCAAGUGUGUUCUUUUAUCUGAGAGACUUGCUUCAUGUAUCAGGAGCUCUUUGCAUCUGUUUGGUUUGUGAUACCAUUUGGCUCCUGGAUGGAUUCUAAUCUGGAUGCAAACUAUGAGCUGGUGCAGUGUGAUCUCAGUCGUGCCCUGUAAUCUGUUCUCUGUCUAAAUAAAACUAUUCACCUGGA